CGCGGGUACGAGUAUCGCGCGUUCGCGGUGAACAUGGCGGUCGUCGCGCGCGUCCUCUUCGUCGUCGCCGCGGUCUUCUCCCUCGCCGGCGUCGCCCUCGGCGCGGGCGAGCCCGUUGACUCCUCCAACGUCGACGCCACCGUCCUCGCGUCCGACGACGCGUGGAUCGUGGAGUUUCAAUCGCCGAGGUGCGGCAGCUGCCAGGAGAUGGCGCCGGUGUGGGGCGAGUUCGUGAAGCGGAACGAGCGGUACGUCCGUUUCGGCCAGGUGAACAUCGACACCGACGAGGGAAUGGAGCUGGCGCGCAGUUCCGGCGUCAUCGAACACGGCAUCCCGAGCAUCUGGGCCUGGGACGUGCGCGGGAGCGCCGAGCCGACAAAGAUCUGGGCCGACUUCGAGACCACGACGGUGCAACACCUCGAGUCCUUGGUGUGGUCCAAGUACGCCAAGCGUAAGGAGGGCUUGCCGCUCGCCAAGCUCGAUGCCGGCGUCGUCGCAUAGGGGUAGGGGUCGGGGUAGCCGAGAUGUCAACUGCAACGAAGUGUUCAAUUUG